UUAUAAGCAGUGAACUUACAGCAGGGUCAGCAUUUUCUACACUGGUUUUGGUGAAAAGGAAAAGCAGCUUUUGCCACAGUGGAGUCAUCAUCAGCUACAAGAGUUUCAUUCAAACAGCUUCCACAGUGCAUAAAUGGCAUCACCUCAUCUGCCUAAACCAAGCAGAGACCUGUCCUUACAGACCGAAGAUCCCCCCAGCAUCAGCCCAGGGACUUCUGGGAUAUCAGACCUGGAAAAUUAUGGUCAGCCUGAAAAUUACUUCCAACCAAUUGAUGGUAAUGACCCCCUCAAUAGUAAUUAUGCUUCUAUAACAGCAGGUUCUUCGUCCACUAUUGGCCCUCAACAUCCAACACCUACCGAACAGCCAGCCUCUUCUCCCGGAGCACAGCAUAUCUCCUCACCUGGUAUCAUGCCACAAACCCCUUCUCUACAAACAUGUUCAAUGUCUGUAACCCAGUCUCCAUCAAACAUUACUACAUGCACCCUCACCACUGAAAUCUCCUCAAGUGAUCUUUCUGAUCUUGGUGCUUGUUCAUCUUCUCCCUCUUCUUCUACCUACUCUUUGCUUCUGCAGACUAAACCAGCCUCUAAAACACCUUCUCCCCAGCUUCUCUUAGAAGCAUUGAAUGCUGUCCCAUCUUCUCAUAUCGCUGAAACCCCAGUUCAGCUUGGCCAGAGCACUGAGCAUGCAUCGUCUUCAUGUUCAGAACAACUGUAUGAGAAUUCUGAGGUAACUUCUCAGCUCUCCCAUCACCAAAGGUCUACUUCAGACCAGCUUGGUAGAUCUUCUGAGGCUCCACACCAAGUAAGUGAUAUGAAUGCUGUACAACAAGAUGCAAAGGAGCUAGAAAUAUAUAUUAAACAGGACAAAAUGGACUGCAUCUCAACAGAUAAGCUGCUUCCAGGAGAUGAUAUUCUUAAACCCAGUAAUAUUUCUGAUCCACCAUCAUUGCUCAAUGGUAGCAAUCCAAAAAUUCCUGUAGAGGAAAACGUUAGUAGCGUCAAUACCCAGGAACCCCUGAAAAGCAUCACUACACUUCCAGGUUUGUCAUCUGCUGAAGCAUCCCUUGAAAUGCCAUCAGUAUCUGAGAUGCCCCAACUGGUCUCCAAUGUUAGUAUAAGUCAGAUUCAAAUUGAGCACAACCAACCUAACCCAUCAGAUCUAAAGCCCGAUGUCACACCAAAGAUACCUGAAGCUAAAUCAGGAGAAUCAGCAGAUUACCUGCCUGUUUUAUACCUGCAAGUCACGAAAACAGUGCAAGAGGAAACUCAGAGAGCCACUGAUUCUAACCAGUUUCAACAUCUAACUGUCUCCACAACCCCAGUUCCAAAGAAAUUAAGAUUUAGACCAUCAGAGCCUUCAGUGCCUGCAGCCCAUGUAUUUGAAAGUCCUAAAAAGGAUGCCGUCCAGAAUCUCCAUGAAGAACUAGGACAUAAUGUAUUGGGUAACAAUCAAAAGAACCCACCUGUGGUACGAGGUUCCACAACCGCAGAGCCAAGGAACAAAAAAGUUUCUGCAACUUCAACAAAGAUCCAUCAGUCUAUAUUCCCUGGUUUGGAGACACAGCAAACACACUGGCCACAUGAGGACAUGUCUAGAGCCCACUACAAUAGCUAUUAUGGAUCUAUCUAUCCUAAUUAUCAUCCAUUUUCAGACACGUAUUCCAUGCAUUAUUCCAGAGCACGUCAUGCUUGGAUGGAUCUAAAUGGUCAUUGGCCACAAAUGGAAUCUGAAGCGCAGCUGUCUGAACAGAAAUAUCAAAAGGAAGAGCAGAAACAAGUUGAGCAGUCCAGUUUAGAAAUUGUCCACAAGUCAAAUCAGCUAACCUCAAGGCAAAAGCGUUCCAAAGACAGAUCUGCAAGGGCUGACAAAGGCAAACUGUCUCCAUACUGGUCAGAAAACUAUGCAAAGUAUUAUAACUAUGGAGGAUGGGAUCCUCAAGGAUACUAUUCCAGUGCCUACAACCAAGGCUACUAUUAUCCCUAUGAUUAUGGAUACCAAGCAAAAGUCAACAGAAGCAACAGAAGCAACAGUCAACAAUGUAACACGAAGCCUGACAACUAUGACGACUGGUGGAAAUAUGACCCGCGUUAUGAUUCAACCUUUGACCAUGAUCACUUUGCCCAAUACCAGCAGUGUUAUUGGGAUCAGUGUGACAGGCACAGUAGCCACAGUGGCUACUCUACUCAGAGCAUGCCUAGCACACGCAGCCAGCAUAGCCGCAUCAGCUGGCAUUCAGAACAGAGCUGGGGAUACCCAACCCAGAACACUGACUAUCCACCUUAUGAUGUCAGCAUUCAGUCUCCAGCUCAUUCUGAGGAUUGUGGGCAGUUACAGAAGGAAACCAGCAAUGAAGCCUUCAAUAUAUCUUGCUCUCCAAUGAGUCCUUCCAUCACAGAGCAGUUCUCCUUCCCUCGCUGUUGUGCACGAUUUGGGCCUGGUGGCCAGCUCAUUCAGGUGCUUCCAAAUCUUCCUUCUGAGGGCAAGCCAGCACUGGUGCAGAUCCACAGCACUGAGAUGCUGCUGCAAGACUCCUGGUAUCAACCAGAACUUCAGACCUUUCCAGGACCUCUCACAAAAGAUAAGACCCAUAAGUCAGAGGUGCUGGAAUUUAUAAGAAAGAAGUAUGAAGAAUGCCUACAGAAUGAUACUCUGGCAGAUCAAGAAGCAUCUUGCCUAAAAUGGGAGCUCCUAGAGUUAGUGUGCAAGCAGAAUGGCAAACUGGUGGGAACUGAUAUAUCUCAUCUUUUGCUGAGAAAGCAGAGGUCACCCUCUGCAUCUAAGAAGGCUACUUCUGAUCUUAUCGAUUUUACAAAUGAAGCAAUCAGCAGAACAGCAUGUAAUGCAGAAUCAACCACUGAAGAUACUUUUUUGGCAAAAGAUGCUGAAAGAGAUCUACAGUGCUUCAGAGAGCUGCUCAUCGUUGGCAAGAAAAAGGAUGCGAUGGACUCAGCAAUAAGCAAAGGCAUGUGGGGACAUGCUUUCAUGCUUGCCAGUACAAUGGACAGCAGGGCUUAUUCUCAAGUAAUAAGCAAGUUCAUUGAUAGUUUACCAGAAAAUGAUGCAUUGAGGACCUUUUAUCAGCUUAUGUCUGGAAAGUUAUCUGCAACCCAUUGUGGGAUUAAGGAGUGGGGAGACUGGUGCAUCCACCUGGCCAUGGUUUUAUCAAAUCACACACGUUUCAAACAUCUACACAAGAAAACCAUAACAAGAAUGGGAGAUGCAUUAGCCUCCAAAGGAUGUUCUGAUGCAGCUAGUUGCUGUUACAUGGUGGUUCAACUAGAUGUGGACACACAGAGUGACAAGUCAGACAUCUUUCUGUUUGGGUCCAGUAGUUUACCCCCUCUGAAGUUUGCCACCAAUGAAGCAAUCCAGCGUACUGAACUCUUUGAAUAUGCUCUGUCUCUUGGCUGUGAUUCAAUUUCUCUUCCUCGCUUCCAGAUCUUCAAGUUCAUUUAUGCAUGCCGGUUAGCAGAAAGUGGGCUUUGCGCACAGGCCUUUCAGUACUGUGAAGUGAUCUCCAAAGUAUUGCUAGCCUCAGUUUCAGGACAGCCUCUGACCCUAAUAAGCCAGCUCAUAGAGCUAUCUACAAAAAUGAGACCUUUCGACCAACAGUUGAAAGACAUCCCAGAUCUUGAACUAUCACCUGAGCCAGAAUGGCUGAUCAACCUGCGGAGGCUUCAUCGCCAAAUCAUUGAGGAAUUGGACUCACCCAGUUCCAAGAAGCAGGAUACAAACUGUCUUCCUCUGUUGAAGAAGGACCCCAAAGUUACCUCUCCUAAAAAAACAACCACAGCUUCAUAUAAAGUCUCCCUUCUGACUACAAAGAUGCCAAGCCAAGAGGAAGUCCUUCCAAAGGUUUGCCUGGUGCCCCCAGCGCCACAAGACAUUCUUAAAAACAGAGCCCUUCCAAAAUCAAGCCAAGCUCCUGACCCAGGUUGUUUUGGACUUGGCAACAAGGCUGUUGCACUGUCUACAUCUCCAAUGUCCCAAAGACCUCCCCACCAUGCAGACUCAAAUCUCUCACCAGUUGAGGAACCAGUCCAAGCACUGAAGCCACAAACAGUGCCAGAGCCACAUCUUCACAUUUUGCCUUCCACUGCUGCACUGCUACCUGAGAGACUAGUUCACACAGAUGAUGCACAGCAUUUGUCAGAACAUCAGCCCAAUGAAGUCAAAGAGUCAACACCUACUCUGGCUCUACCACUGCCUGCACCACUAUCUCUGCAUCCAACCAUAGUGCAGUCCCAAUUCACAGAAGACCUUCAAUCACAAUCUCUCAAAGCUGAUCCUGCAGCUACACAGUUUCCAAUGGAGCCUCAUGCAUUGUCUGCUGCAACAUUACCUUCCUCCACUUCAGUGGCAACAGAAUCAGAGUCUUUGCCUCAAGUAAUUUCUCCAUGUAUAGAGUCCCACACAUUACCUUCAUCCAAGCCAUUGGCAACAGGGUCUGUACAUGAUUUAAAAACUCCAUACAUAGAUCCUCAUACAGUAUCUUCUACAAUAUUAUCUUCUUCUAAAUCAUUGACAACAGAAUCAGAAUCUGUCCCUCAGUUAAUUUCUCCAUACAGAGAUGCCCAUAAAUUUCCUUUUACAACGUUACCUUACUCUACGACUAUGGCAACAGAAUCAGAGUUUUUACCUCAAUUGAUUGCUCGACAAGUAGAGCCCCAUACAUCGAAUACUACAACGUUACCAUCCUCCAUGUCAUUGGCAACAGUAUCAGAGCCUGUAUCUCAGUUUAUUUCCCCAAAUGCAGAUCCUCAUACAAUACCUUCUACAGCUUUAACUUCUUCCAAGUCAUUGGCAACAGAAUUUAGCUCUGUACCUCAAUCAACUGCCCCAUACAUACAGCCCAGAACACUGCCUUCUACAGCAUUACCUUCUUCCAUGUCAUUGGCAACACAAUCAGAGUCUGUGCUUCAGUUAUCUAUGCCACUGCCUGUUCCGCCAUCUUUUGGCCAGGUGAAUGAACAAUAUCAAAAGCAGCAGCCAAUUACUCAAACAAGUGUUGCUGUAGCUCCUCCGCUAAUGGCUUCUGCUAAUCAGCACUGGGUCACUCAGAAGAACUUGUGUUCUCAUGAGGUACAACCAGGGCCUUCCAGGUCAACAUCUAAGCUAUGUCCACCUCUUAAUCCCCAAACAUUGGAUGCAGCUGUGUCUAAUGGAAUAUCUCAACCAACCUACACCAUGGAGACACAAACAGUGCCUCUUCUUACUGUGCCUUUACCUGCAUCCCAUGUUUUGCCUCCAAGCAACAAUGAUUAUUCACCAGUGAGGGAUCAACAUGUAGCACAAACAGAGUUCAUGCCUUCUCAGACUUCAUGCCUUCCAGCAGACCCAAUGCUUGGACCUCCUCCACCUCCCAGUGCAAAUCCCUAUGCCAUGAGGGAGAAAAUGGCUCACUCAAAGCAUAUGCACAUGCCACCCAAACCCCUGAUACCUAGGUUAUUUGUUCCUCAGAGUCCACCUCCAGACCCCCAGCCCAAAAAGGAAACUGGAGGUGGGUGGUUUAGCUGGCUUUUUGGCAAAAAGAAAGAAGUUAAUUUACCUGCAGAUACAGGCAAAUCACUUGUUUGGGAUGAAAACCUUCAAAUAUGGGUUGAUCCAAAUGAGGAAAACAAGAAGAAUAAAUCUGCAUUAGAAUAUUCUAAAGGAAUUACAAAGGUGACUACAGCAAGUACAGGAGAUUUUGGUGGGCCCACAGCAGGGCUGUUGAAUACCAUGCCUGCUUUGAGACCAGGGCCUAAGAGCGGAUAUAUGGCACCACUUAAUCCAGUCUUAAUGAGCAACAAUCCAGGUAUUCAGCUUUAUGCCUCAACAGGCAUAAGCAGCAGUGAGGCACAAAUGGUCAGGCCAGCUAACACAUAUCUAGUGGAUAAUGCUGUUUCUGGACAGUCUGGACACAUGAGAUGGACCCAGAACUCCCAGCCUGCCCCACAUUCUCAAACAGCUGAAGAUAUUCUCCAAGAGAUAAUGUGAAGAUGUGUUACUACUCCAUGAGGGGGCAGGAUCCAGAGGAAAGGUGGAUUUUUAGACCACUGGAGAUUAAUCACCAGUUAAAAUUUGUCAUUAUUUUGAUAGUAUUUUUUUCUUUUUUUAGACUUUGACAUGUAGGAUAUUUUUUACAGUAGAAUUUAUCCAUAGAACCAGAACAAUCAAAUCAAAACCUCAUUUUACUCCCUGUUUGGAUACAAACAGCAGACUGAGAUUUAGGGUUUUUUCUUAGGUCACAUUAUAGAGGGUGAGUUUAACUCCUGUUAAAACUUUGUCUUUUCUGAAAUUCUGAAAAGCUGCUUUGUGACAAAAUCCGUUGUAAAAAGCG